CCCGCUCGUUACGGGCAGCCCGGGCAGUUCGGGCAUCACGACCCUCGCCCUUAAAAGGCGGCGGCCCAACCUCUCCUUGCGGAUAACGGAGGAGACGACAGACGGACGAGGGAGGCGGACCGAUACGCAGCCUUCGCCGGCUUCCCACCCACCUCUCCGAAACGCCGCCAACCCCUCUUUCUUUCUCUCUCUCUCUCUCUCUUCCCCGAUAUAGAAAGGCGAUGUUACUCCCUGAAUUCUAAACCUGACCCAGGAAACUCUUCUCUUUCCCCUUUCUCUCCUCUGGUGGAAACGAAACCGUCUCCUAGAUCUCCGGGAAGCGAUGAAAGAGAGAAGGAAGCGGAGCGGCCACUUCCUCUGUUUCGGCGCCGUCGAUCUGCCGGAGAAAGAUGCGUCCAUGAAGACAGGAGAGAGCUCCGCCGGAUCUUCCGGGAGAACGGACGUUCUCGUGCCGGAGACCCACCGCCACCGCCGGCGGUGGCUCGACCGCCGGUUUCUCGCGAACAUCUUCAGAUCGGCGGUGUUUGUUUCCUCUCUGAAUCGAAUCGGGCGCUCGGUGGCGCGGAUGGCCUCCGACGAUAAACCGGCGGCGGAAUUGAGCGGGAAAUUUUCAGACAGCAACGAUCGGACGGAAGACACGAUCUUGUCGCUGUCCUCCUUGUCGUCGUCGACUUCAUAUUCCGCUUCCUCUUCUUGCUUGUCCUCGGCGUCCUCUUCUUCGUUCCGAGAGCUGGAGCACAAACAGAAGCCGGAGCUCCGGCAGAAGAGGGUAUCACCUAGAUCUGAAUCGAAGAAUCCCCCGCGACCGCCGGCGGCGGCUAGGAAUUACGAUUCGGCCACCGGCCUCUUCCUCCUCCUCCUAAGCCUAUCGGCGAUGGUGUUCUGUGGACGCCUUUACGCGAUCCUGUGGACGUCGUCGUGGCUCUGCCUCGUUCCUCGACGGAACUCCGACGCCGGAUUGGCGGUGGAGAACGCCACGGCAGAGGAGCCGCCGGAGCUCCGGCGGAGUCUGGAGGAGAGCGAGAAGAAAAGGGUCGUCUUGGAGGGACUACUGGAAAGAAACCGAAGGAUUUGAAAACACACAAAAAAUCGACAAAAAGGUCAAAAAGGAGUUAGAGAAAUUAUGGAUUCUUAGAGAUAUUUGAAUUUUGUUGGCAAUUAAUUUUGGCGUGCGGGAACGCGUUUGCUGUCGGAUACUUUUUGCUGUAUGGAUCGAAGCCGGUAUAAUGUUGUCUCGUGCUUUUUUUUUCUUUUUUCGGUACAUUGUCUCGGGCUUUUUUUUCUUUUUUCGGUACAUUGUCUCGGUCUUUUUUUUAGUGUACCUUUUUAUUUUUCUAGUAAAGAAAAUGAGAAAAGAAAUAUACUCCUUUGUUUCAAAAUAAACGAUAUUUAUGAUAUCUUUCUA